AUGGCGUCUCCUGUCUCGCUCGCCGCGACCUCAGAGGUUGACCCCCCAAGUUCUCCUGGUCAACCCGAAGCCAAAUCAUUUGCUUCUCGAGCCAUGACCGAGGACGACGAUACUCAGAUGGGCAAUGCCACUCCUGACCCCCAAGAAAAGUCGUCUCGUGCGAAAAGCAAAUCAUCACAGAACAAAGACAAGGAUAAGGACAAGGAUAAGGAUGCAGCGAAUCAGCCGACGAUUGGCAAGAUACGCCAUCUGAAGAAGGAGGAUGGCGAGCCCCUUUGGAGAGAAGACAUCCAAUACGACUUUCUCAAGGCAGUUUUCGAUAACGAGCAGUCUGUCUUUACCAACUCUUACGAGCCGAAACGACUACAGCGACAAUGUUUUGCAGAUCUUUACAUUGAUACCAUGUCUCGCAGCUCAAAAACCAGCAAAGUACUUCGAGACAAGCUCCUCAGCGAUAGAGAGGCUGCCAAGGGAAUGGCAAUGGUUUGUCUUCUUGUCAACAUGGGCCGCAUGAACACGACUCUAAACUUCUUUCCUGAGAUGCGAGCUCAGCUCCGUACAUAUCAUGCCAUUCCUUCGCUUCAGGCUCGCCAGGACCCUCAUGCUUACAAGCAGCUCCAGGAUGCACCUCGUCUCAAAUCCAUUUUGAAAGGUGGUGCAGAUGAUCGAGAAGAACCAAACUCCCUGGACAAGAUCAAAUCGCUGGACACCCCUCGCACAAACCCUGUCAAUCUCAUUUUUGUGAUGUGCAACGCAGCUCAAAAGAUUGCAGAGCUUCAUUUCCCUCGCCAUCGCGAGCUUCAUGAUCUGAUCAUGAAGACCGAGUACACGAGCCAGUCUCGAGCCAAUGCCUUCUUGUGGCUCAUGUGGUUCUAUCUUGAGUCUGACUUCACGGAAGAAGGUUGUGACGAGAACCCUUUCGGCCCUGGUGUCGACUACGGGCUGGAUGUAGCAAACCAGGGAGUGCCCCAUCUUGUAGAGAUGACGAAAGAAGAGAAAGCCAAGGAGAAUAUCGACACUGAAGAAGAAAUCGAGUUUGGUCGCGCCAAGCAGAAGAUGCGAGCCAAGAUACUUGAAAUGGACCAGGCUUAUCUUAACGAGAGAGACACCAAGAGAGGCAAGAUGCGGCCAUCAUUCGCCGAAGACGGCCCUGCAAUUCUUCCUCGCAUAAGGCCAUCCAAACACGAGUCUGAUAUGGACAGCACCAGGUCGACACCGCCACCUAGAGCGUUAGGCGGUCGCGGUCUUAACUCGAGUCGCAGAGGUGCCCCGCUUAAGUAUCAGAUCUUCGAGGGCUCAUCACCAGCACAUCAUGUCAACGAGGGUGUGGUGGCCAGAAAACCUCGGCCUCCUACAGCGCACCAACUAGCCGUCGAGCGAAACAGGAGUCAAAGAGUCGAGUACAUUCUCGAUCGAGGUCUUCGGCGCCAGCAUCAUAAGAGUCGUAAACUCAGAAAGCAGGAUGGUGCUAUCUUCCGAGCGUAUCAGCGAGUCAAUGCUCAAGAAGAUCCGUUUGAGGACAGUGACGAUGAGACUUCUCUACCACGAAACCUAACCUAUGGAGACAAAACUCCAGGGCCAUUCCGUGAGAAGGGUGUGGGUGGACUCUGCCUUUUGACGAAAGAAAAAGAUGAUUUUGGUGAAGAAGUCAGCGCUUAUGCUGCUGCUUUAAGAAGGGCAACAAGACGCCUAGCUCGUUGGAGACCGCAGGCUCAUGAACUGGGUGUCAUUGCCCCUGUCAAGCGACCAAGGCCAAAGAAGGCUGAAGACGAUGACUUGGAUCUGGACUUGGACGACGAUCUUGACGGAGACAAACAUGACGGAGAUCUCAACGGCGACAUGACACUUGGAGAUGUUACACUUGGGGAUGUCACAGUGGGAGACAUGACAGCUGGAGACAUGACUAUGGGCGACGUUACAAUGGACGACGCCGAAGUUGAGGAUCAAACAGUUCUUCACGAUGACGAUGAUGUGGACGACGCAGACCGAACAGAGGUAAUGGGCGAUUCCGACAUUGAUUAG